GGUACUCAUCUGAAAAAUGAGAACAAAGUGAUUGUUCCUGUUCUCCUUCUUAAGUCCCUCCAAAAAAGCUCAUCUGUGGAUGGGCCGCAGCAUUGUCAGGAGGGAGCAGAAGAGCGAAACGGCAGCACGGAGCCAGGGGCAUCACAGCGCUUGCUUGGAAUCAAAAUGGAAACGGUCCAUUUUUCACCAUCCAGAACUCUGUGUUUCCCAGAAGAUGCCCGUAAAGGAGACCAGUGCUUUUUCUAUUUAACCCCAUCACCGCUCAUUGUCAAAGCCCCGAAAUGUAUGUCGCCCACCGGAGACCCCGACAGUCCACCGGGCCCACCUGAUUUCUCCCCCAACCACAAGGAGGGGUCCCAAAAACGGAAAAGAACACCAAUCAAAAUAGACACCCAAGACUCUGAACAGAGAAAAGCUGAUGAAGAUGAGGAAAGUACCGUACCAAAAACAUCAAACCUCUCCUUCCCUUCUCAAUUUACGCCUGCCUCGUCCCUGCGACCUAUCACAGGCAUGAUUGAGUUGAACAGGUUUCAUCACAGGGCCUUCCGUGUACCUGUGCAGGUGAAACGGGAGCCUCUCAGUCCGCCCCCCAUGUGGCCGGUACCUCCAUUGCUCAUCCACCCGUCAUACUUCCCGCCUCUCCAUCCCAGUCUCUUCCCAUAUCCCUUCUUCAUGCCUGGCCCCGUCAUGCCCUUCCCACCUGGCACGUUCAAUGCCCCAGAGGACGUGAGGCCUGGACACCGCAGCCGUGACAUCUCCCCUCGAGGCAGGCCGAGCGGCACGGAGAAGAUAAGUCUGGACGUCCACGUGGACGACAGCUACUAUGUGGACGUGGGCGGCGAUCAGAAGCGAUGGAAGUGUCGUAUGUGUGAAAAGUCGUACACGUCCAAGUACAACCUGGUCACGCAUAUCCUAGGCCACAAGGGCAUCAAGCCCCAUGGGUGCCACCUGUGCGGGAAGCUGUUCAAGCAGCUGAGCCACCUACACACACACCUGCUCACCCACCAGGGCAUGAGGCCUCACAAAUGUCAGGUGUGCCACAAGGCCUUUACCCAAACCAGCCAUCUGAAAAGGCACAUGAUGCAGCAUAGCGACGUCAAGCCUUACAGUUGCAGCGUGUGUGGCAGAGGCUUCGCUUACCCCAGCGAGCUUCGCACCCACGAGCUGAAACACGAGAAAGGCCAAGACAAUGUGUGCAUCGAGUGCGGCCUAGACUUCCCCACGCUGGCCCAGCUGAAAAGGCACCUGACUGCCCAUCGCGGACCUACUUUGUACAGAUGUUCCGAGUGCCAGAAGACUUUCCAGUACCCGAGUCAGCUGCAGAACCACAUGAUGAAGCACAAAGAUAUUCGACCGUACAUCUGCAGUGAGUGUGGAAUGGAGUUCAUCCAGUCGCACCACCUCAAGCAGCACACGCUCACUCACAAAGGCGUGAAGGAGCACAAGUGUGGCAUCUGUGGCCGCGAGUUCACUCUGCUCGCCAACAUGAAGCGUCACACGCUCAUCCACACCAACGUGAGGGCCUACCAGUGCCACAAGUGCUUCAAGAGCUUCGUCCAGAAGCAGACGCUCAAGGCCCACAUGAUCGUCCACUCCGACGUCAAACCUUACAAGUGCAAGCUUUGUGGGAAAGAGUUCAACAGGAUGCACAACUUAAUGGGCCACAUGCACCUCCACUCUGACAGCAAGCCCUUCAAAUGUCUCUACUGUCCCAGCAAGUUCACGCUAAAGGGAAACCUCACCAGACACAUGAAGGUGAAACACGGCAUCAUGGACAGAGGGCUGGAUGAAAGAUUGUUCAGACAAAGGGACCGGUUCCGUCUCUCCUCUCCCAUGAGUCUCCUGGGCCAUUUCAACCAAAAGAAGCCAUUCGAUCUUUCCCAAAAGCCCCCAAGCCUCCCCGGCCAUCAUUUCCCCCAGUCUGACGGCGAAAGCGUGCCUGGCAGCUCCUGUCAGGAGGAAGAUGAUGAGAGCUUGUACAGACGCAGCCAGUACAGCCCUGAAGAGGCUCAUGGACAGGACGCCUUGGGGGGUCUGGAGGUCGGAGCGCGGGGGUCUCCAGCUCAACUCAGGCAGGAAGAGCAGCACCAGAGGGAGUCACAUGGACAGGGUCACUUGAAUGCCACUUGGAGACAGGCUGUGUCUCCUUACAAGGUCGCUCACGGCAAGUCACAUGACCCCAGUGAUGAUUCGGAGAUGGAGGAAGACACACGUUGCCACCAUCAGAAGCUUCUGAAAGAAUUGUUGGACAGGGAAGACACAUUAAAGGAAGACAAGGAAGAAGAGUGACAAGAGGUUUUGCUGAAUGUUGUAUGUAGAAAAGCAUUGGAGAGGAUGUUUUACAGGCAGAGGGAAGUGUUUGUUUUUAUUGCAUGCACAUCAAUUGAAGCUGUGAAUAUACAUCUUGUACAUAAUCAUUUUAAAAUUGUUCUCAGGUAUUUGCAAUGUACACCAAAGUGGUAAUAAUAAUAAAAAAAUUAAAAAUCA